ACCGACAAUGGCGGAGGGGGGCAGCGGCCGGGGGGUAGCGGCGGCUCGGUGCCUGCUGCCCGCCUCCUCCCCGCCUUCCUCCUCCUCCUCCUCCUCCUCCUUCUUCUUCCCGGCUAGGAAAGUUUCAGCGCCGAGCGCGGAGCAACAACCGGGCCGGGCUUUUGGCAGCCUGGCCCCGUCGGUACGGCAGCUUUCGCUUCGUUUCACCGAGCCGGAGCCGACGGGCCCGGUUCAUGCCGGGGCUCAGCCGCCGUCCCCGGCUCCACCGCCGCCCCCGCCGCCGCCGCCGUCGCCGCCGGGCCCGGGGUUAAACGCGGAGCCGCCGCGCUGGCCCAGCGUCCCGGCGAUGCGGAAACUCUUCGGGGAAAGCUGCCGGCAGCCCGCGGCGGCCACCGGGAAUGGGAUGGGCAACGGGAGCGGCAGCGGGAGCGGGAGCGCCCGCGGAGCUCCCCCGCCGCCUCCGCCCCGCAGCCGCGUCCCGCACCCGGCGCUCCGCUCUCCCCGCGGAGCUCCGCCGGAGCCCGGCCCGCAUUCCUGGCAUAACUCGGCUCGACCGCAACCACCCUCCUCCUCCCCAUCACCCCGCUCCAACGGGGACGAUGAAGCCGCGGCGGCCCGUUCUCCCCGCGCCUCAUCGGGCAGCGAGGGCGAGGGGCAGAGCGCUGCCCUCCGGCCCCGCUCCGCGCGGAAGAAGAAGAAGGAGGGCACGGAGGAUGGCGAUGCCGAGGCCGAAGGCUGCGCUCGGGUGGUCCCCCGGCACCCGCUGCCCAUGGUGGCCCGCGUCUCCAAGGUGAACAUCCUGCCCUUCGGCAGCCCCGGCGGGUCACGCAGCAGCAGUCGCUAUUCCAGCACGGAGACGCUGAAGGAAGAGGAGCAGUUUGGAGUCUGCUGGCCCGGCCAAGGACGGGCUCUCCAGGCGGGUUACGGUAUCUAUCGAUCGCCCAGUUUUGGGGCCAGCGAUGGCCUGGCCUGGGGACAGCCGGGCAUCCGCGUCCGGCCCAAGCUGCCCCAGAGCGUGGCCAAGGCAAAACCGGACUAUGGGAGCGAGAGCCUGCACCAGCCGGGGCUGGAAGGGGAGCGGGCCAAGCACCGCAAGUCCUUGUCCAACCCUGACAUCGCCACCGAGACCCUGACUCUGCUCAGCUUCCUCAAAUCGGACCUCUCAGAGCUGAAGGUGAAGAAGAAGGGGGUGAGGAUCGGCCUUGACGUGGGCUCUGAUGGAUGCUCCAGCGGUGCCAGCCCUUCCCCAGGCGGCUGCGGUGCCGCUCAUCCCCAAACCCGCUGGGCGCCGGGCGAGCGGCCAACCCUCAAGGACCUGACGGCCACUUUGCGUCGCGCCAAGUCCUUCACCUGCUCCGAAAAAUCCGGGACACGGCGGCUCUUCCUGCAGAGCACCAUGAAGCAGAGCUCCUCCGAGCUCCUCCUGGCCUCUACGGACAGCCAGGACCGGGUGGCUCCAGGUGGGGGACAGCAGGGCGACGAGGAUCCUCUCCCCAUGGUCAUCCAGGACCAGUACAUCCAGGAGGCGAGGCAGGUGUUUGAGAAGAUCAGCAGGAUGGGUUCCCAGCAGGACUACGGCUUUGCCGCCGAGCAGAAGGACAGCGGAGGUGUGGAGGGCGCUGAGGUGGUGGCACCGACGACGGGGACGACGGACACGACCCUUCGGGGACAGGUGGAGAGCACGCGGUGUUUGAAGGACGUGGAGCUGGAGGAGAACCUCCCUCACAGUAAAUCCGUGGAGGAGCUGUCGGGUCACGAGUCGAGCGUGACGGACGAGGGCAUCGUCACGGAGCCGGAGCCCGUGGGGAUGCCCUUCCAAGGCCGGCACGAGGCUGUGGACGCCUGGAUGCUGCCCAGUGCUGGGCCGGCAGCGGGCGGCUCUGAAACGCCGCUGCCCGCUCACCCAGUGGCGGUGGCUGAAGACCUUCCAGCUGGCAAAGCCGAGACGCCGAGCACCCCUGGCAGCCUGCGGCGCCGACGUAAGUUCCCGUCAGCGGGCGCCAAUGGGAUGGAGGGCGGCAGCGAGGGUGGCACCGAGCCCUACCGCUCCCUCAGCGACCCCAUGCCUCACCGGAGGCGCUCGGUGGCGGAGGAGGCCAAGAAUUUCUCCGUGGACAGCAACCUGCUGGGCUCGCUGAGCGCCAAGGCGGGCAUCCCCCAGCCGGCCGCCAUCGCGGGCAGCGCGGGCAGCGCGGGCAGCGACCUGUCCCUGGGCAGCGAUGGGCCCCGCGACUACAGCAGCCUCAUCCGCACCAUCGUCAGCCAGCCCGGCGCCAUGGCCAAGCUGGGCGACGACAAGGCCAACGGCAAGACCAUCAAGAAGAAGUCGCUGAGCGACCCCAGCCGCCGUGGCGAGCUGGCACCUGGCGCCUUCGAGGGUCCCGGUGAGGCCAUCAGCGAGCUGGAGGCCAGCAUUCCCCCGUCCAGCAGCGAGCCCAUCCUCUCCGCCCAGCCCGCGGCACCGGGCGCCGGCCGCGGCUACGGCUUCGACCCCAAGCUGGCCGAGGUGCUGUCCCCUCGCGUGGCCCGCCGCAGCUCCAAGAAGCGCUCCAACCGCGCCGCUCACCAGGAGAACCAGCCGCCCCCCGCGCCCGCCGUCCUCGCCAAGGGCCGCCCGGCCGCCAAGCACGUGCGGCACACCAGCGAGCCCGCCACCUUCGUCCCCAUCGCCGUCCCCGAGCCGCUCGUCCCCUCCGGCCACCACGGCCACCACCUCCCUGCGCCGGCCGCCGGCCGCUCGCCCGGGAAAUCCUUGCCGAGCCUGCAGCCUCCUUCGCUGGAGGAUGUCACCAAGCGGUACAUGCUGGCCCUCAACUCAGGUGACACGUCCCCCGCUGCCGGGGAUGGCCCCCGCUCGCCACCCGCUGCCCCACCGCCCCGGCUGCCCCGCUGCUCGCGGCUGCCCGACGAACACGGCCCCAGGAGCAAGCCGCAGGUGGACAUGAGGAAACACGUCAUCAUGACCCUGCUGGACACCGAGCAGUCCUACGUGGAGUCCCUGCGCACCUUGAUGCAGGGGUACAUGAAGCCGCUGAAGCAGCCGGAGAACUCCCUGCUCUGCGACCCCUCGCUGGUGGACGAGAUCUUCGACCAGAUCCCCGAGCUGCUGGAGCACCACGAGCAGUUCCUGGAGCAGAUCCACGACUGCGUGCAGAACUGGCACGAGAAGCAGAAAGUGGGCGACCUCCUGGUGCAGUCGUUCUCCAAGGAUGUGCUGGUGAACAUCUACUCUGCCUACAUCGAUAACUUCCUCAACGCCAAGGACGCCGUCAGGAUUGCCAAGGAAGCCCGGCCGGCUUUCAUGAAGUUCCUGGAGCAAAGCAUGCGGGAGAACAAGGAGAAGCAGGCCCUGUCAGACCUGAUGAUCAAGCCUGUGCAGAGGAUCCCGCGAUACGAGCUGCUGGUGAAGGACCUGCUGAAGCACACGCCCGAGGACCACCCCGACCACCCGUUCCUCAUCGACGCCCAGCGCAACAUCAAGCAGGUGGCAGAGAGGAUCAACAAGGGCAUGAAGAGCGCCGAGGAGGUGGAGAGGAACGCCCGCAUCGUGCAGGAGAUCGAGUCCCACAUCGAAGGGAUGGAGGAUCUCCAGGCUCCGCUCCGCAGGUUCCUGCGCCAGGAGAUGGUGGUGGAAGUGAAGGCGGUGGGUGGGAAGAAGGACCGCUCCUUCUUCCUCUUCUCGGACCUGCUGGUGUGCACCACGCUGAAGCGCAAGUCGGGCUCGCUCCGCCGCAGCUCCAUGAGCCUGUACACGGCAGCCAGCGUGAUCGACACCGCCAGCAAGUACAAGCUGCUCUGGAAGCUGCCCCUGGAGGAUGUGGACAUUGUCAAAGGUGCCUCGCAGGCCACCAACAGGGAGAGCAUCCAGAAGAGCAUCAGCCGCCUGGAUGAAGACCUCAACACACUGGGGCAAGUCAGCAAGCUGUCAGAGACCCUCAGCUUCCCCCACCAGGGCCUGGAUGACGUGAUCAAGGACCUGAUGGCCGCCAUCCACCGGGAGCUGUCGGAGAAGCAGUCCCUGUCCUUCAGCAUGGCCUUCCCCCCCAACAAGGUGGAGCUCAGCACCACCAAGGCUGACGGCACCGAGUCCUUCAUCUUCGAGUUCCCCAACCCCGACGCCCGGCUUGGCUUCGAGCAAGCCUUCGAGGACGCCAAGAAAAAGCUGGCCUCCAGCAAAAACUGCCUGGACCCAGAGUUCCUCAAAGCCAUCCCCAUCAUGAAGACGCGGAGUGGGAUGCAGUUCUCCUGCGCCUCUCCCAGCCACGGCAGCCCGGAGAGCUCGCACGAGGUUUGGGUUUGCAACAGCGACGGCUACGUGGGGCAGGUUUGCCUGCUGAGCAUCCGCAAGGAGCCCACGGUGGAGGCCUGCAUCGCCGUCUGCUCCGCCAGGAUCCUCUGCAUCGCCUCCGUGCCCGGCCUCAAGCGCGCCUACAGCAGGGAGCGGGCGGAGCAGCUGGGCAGCCCCUCGGCGGAGCUGGGCCCGGCGCCGCAGCCCGAGGACGCGGGGCCGCAGCCCUGCCUGCACAUCUCCAUCUCGGGCUCCUCGCUGGAGCUCUCGGAGCCCGUGGAGGGCGGCAACAGGGAGCUGGUGCCCUUUGACAGCGAUGACACGGACGAUGAGUCCUCGCCCAGCCCCUCCGGGACGCUGCAGAGCCAAGCCAGCCACUCCACCAUCUCCUCCAGCUUCGGCAAUGAGGAGAUUCCCAGCUGCAAGGAGGCAGCGGUGGAGACGACGAGCUCGGAGGAGGAGCAGGAGCCUGGCUUCAUGCCCAUCCCUGGCACCUUCGGGCAGAGCCGGCGCGGCGAGAGCCCCACGGACGGGCGCGCCCUGCGCCGCUCCAGCCGCGGCUCCUUCACCCGCGGCAGCCUCGAGGACCUGCUCAGCCUCGACCCCGAGGCCCACCAGAGCUCCAUGUGGCUGGGCACCGAGGAUGGCUGCAUCCACGUGUACCAGUCCUCGGACAACAUCCGGAACAGGAAGAACAGCAUGAAGAUGCAGCACGCUGCUGCCGUCAUGUGCAUCCUGUACCUGGAUAACCAGGUUUUUGUGUCACUGGCCAACGGGGAGCUCGUUGUAUACCAGCGGGAAGCAGGUCGCUUCUGGGACCCCCAAAACUCCAAGUCCCUGUCGCUGGGCUCACCGGGCAGCCCCAUCACCAAGAUGGUGGCGGUGGCAGGGAAGCUGUGGUGCGGCUGCCAAAACCGAGUCAUCGUCCUCAACACCACCACACUGGCACAGGAGCACACGCUGCAGGUGGGGCAGGACGGCGGGCGCAGCGUCACCUGCAUGGUGAGCGCGGGCAGCGGCGUGUGGGUGGCCCUGCAGGGCAGCGCCCAGGUCAGGCUGUACCACGCCACCACCUACGAGCAGCUGGCAGAGGCAGACAUCACCCCCCCGGUGCACAAGAUGCUCGCAGGCUCGGAUGCCAUCAUCCGGCAGCACAAGGCCGCCUGCCUGCGGAUCACGGCCCUGCUGGCCUGCAAGGAGCUGCUGUGGAUCGGGACCAGCGCCGGCGUGGUGCUCACGCUGGCCGUGCCCCCCAAGGCGGCGCCCACGCUGGUGGGGCUGUCCCAGGGCCACACGGGCCACGUGCGCUUCCUGACGGCCAUCGAGCUGCCCGACGGCUUGGACGUGCUCUUCCCUCUGCCCAGGGACACCGGUGACAGCAGCGUUUGGGGGGCUCUGCGCUGUGCAGGGGCCGAGAAGCCGAGCGAGGCGGAGAAGCGAGACCCGUCCCGUCCCCGCGCCCCCGCCCUGGCGCUGUCCAAGCCCAAGAUGUUGGUGAUCAGCGGCGGUGAUGGCUACGAGGAUUUCCGGCUGACCAGCAGCAGCGAGACCGUGGGCAGGGACGACAGCACCAACCACCUGCUGCUCUGGAGAGCGUGACCUGCCCGGGCCAGGAUCGGGGGGCGCCGGCCCCCCCUGUGUGCAGAGGGGGGUCCCGGCCCCCUCCCCAGCGCCCCCCGCCCCAGCACCUCUCAUCUCCGACCCGGCUGCUCUCUGUGUGCUCGGGGCUGGGGGAUGAGCCCCGCUGCCCCCGCCGCCCCCGGCACUCGGGGGGGACCCGCAGCGCUUGGGGGGCUCCAGAGGAUGGGGAGGGGGCGGGGGUUCGCUCGGGAAGGCGCUGCGGAGGAGGAUGAGGAGGGUACCGAGCAUCCCUGGGGAGCGGCCGGAGGAUGCCCGACAGCCAGGAUCCUGCCUUGCUCUCCGGUUUUGUGUGUGCCUGCUUCACGGGGCGGGGGGCGCCGCCCCCCCGGCCCCCGGGACCCCCGGCCACGCCGCGGGACCAGCCCAGGGACAAUCCCGAUCCCAAUCCCGAUCCCGAUCCCAGUCUGCCCGCGGUGUCCCCCCCGGCCCGGGCCUCCCGCUAACCCGCUCGCUCCAUCGCCAGCACCCAGACAGCUCUGUUCGUUUGUUCGUUUGUUUUAAAUAUAUAUAUAUAUUAUAUAUAUAUAAA